CAAUUGUGAUACAUGCAAUUUCCAUUCUUUCUUAUGUAUCCACCAUACAGAAAGAGUCCGAUAUCGUAUCUCAACACUAUAAAGACAAAAUGUAGAUAACAGUAAUUAUGAUAACCGACCAGCCAGCGGCUGUAAAUUUGGAGAGUUUAAAUCGAGUUCAGUUUAGAUUAACUUCGUUUCUGACCAUUUGUUUAGAUUUAUUCUUCAAUCAGCACUGAUAACUGAUUCCUACACUCGAGACGGUUUAGUCUUAUCGUUUGUGUGCUUUUGUAAAUAUCUCCAAGACACUUCUUAAGUCAUAAAAGAAAUUGCAAAAUGAUGGACAUAAUUGAAAUAAUGCAAAGUGUCGCUGUGUUCACAUGUGCUAUUGUCGGAUAUAUUUUGGUAUUUCAAAAAUCUGGAGCCAGGAAAGUGGGUCAUUAUUCACUUCCAGGUUGGACUACGUUCAUCAAAAAAUUCUGGGCCGAACGUCAACUCCGAGCCAAACAAAAUGAUUACAAAUUCAAUGAGCUGUCGGACUUUAAUUACUUUAGAAGUGAAAACAUUAAAAUAGCAACGGAUCACCGCAACAGUGACAGUCAAUUGGUGUAUGGAAGCGACCAGGAAGGAAACUCACUCUUUAUAAAACUGACGAAACGCAAUGAAGGAGACACUGAAAUUUGGCUUAUUUUACGUCUACAAAAUGGAUCAGUUUAUACGUUACCGGAUCAUCCGAACACGAAAAGCGUUUCCUCAUCUCCACUGUUCGAGGCCGAAGGCCUACGAAUCGAAAAUCUUAUUCCUUUCAAAUCACUGCGAAUCACGUUUAAUGGCUUGCUACGGUCAAGUGUCCGACGCGAAUGGUCUACUGACUACGACGACGAUGAAUUGCGAUUCGUUAAAUUCAAUUUUAUUUGGUCAGCCUCAAAUCCCCCACAGCAUUAUCCAAACGAUUGGAGCCUGAAUUUGAGAUCCACAUCCUUGGCAACUGAACCGUGGAGAAGUGGCGAUUGGUUAAACUAUCUAUCUACUCCAGACUUCGGCGGCUACGAUCAGUUCGGCUCGCUGCUCGGUCAAGUCUUUAUCGAUGACCGAAAUCUAAUGUUCAGAACUGAGUCCUACGAAAUGCAAUCCUAUGAACUCAAUCUUCCCGGUGCACGUCAACGAAGGUGCUUGCCAUUCUACUCGGAAAAUCAACGGCGCUACGCUUACAUUUAUGGUGUAUGCCAGGAUGGAACUGUGUUUGUUGUUGGGGCUAGCAGUUACGAAGAGUCAAUGACACAUCUACCGUUCGGUUACAUUCGGACGGCAAAUGGUAAAGAGCAUUCGAUCAGCUGGACUAACUUUCGGUUGAUUCAUUUGGCCGAAGAUCCCAACCUAAUAGCACCAAAAGCAAUGACCUUCCAAUUCAAAGCCAACAGAAAGAUGUACUCGGCAACUGUUCACUUUCUGAAAACGCAAUCGGUGCCGAUUGAUGGUCAAAAACCGGUUCCUUGGAUAGCCAAUCUAAUUCCGGUCGAAAUUGGUCUGAACGGUGACCAAGGAAAGGGAACCGCUGUCCUAUGGUAUGCUAACCCAUCCAACAAUUUACCAACAGUACAGGACAAUUCAAACAAAUAUUUUCUAACGGCAACGGAGACCAAACCUGACACUACACUUACACACAUGUUUACCGAUAAUGAAGCCAGAAGCGUUCUGAUUUCAGGUGGUAAAGGUGCCUCACUAGCACUUCUAUCGUCGAUCCAACCAUCUGAAGUAAGUAAGGAGUUUGUGGUUCCGCAAGGUUUUAUUGUUAGCGUCAGUGCAUUCAAUCUACAAGUGGCACGCAACGCCAAUCUGGCCAACUUAAUCAAAGGCAUUAAAGAUGUAGCUUAUGGUAUUGUGGACGGAACGUUGCAGGAUCAUUGUGAGAGGGCGAUCGCAGAAUUCCAAUCAACUUCAUUGGAGAACGACAUAAUCGAUGCGGUCGCAAAGUCCUUUAACCAACUCACUCUUAGCAACCAAGAUAUACGAUUCGCCGUUCGGUCAUCUGCAAUCGGAGAAGAUUCCGAUGAUGCAUCGUCGGCUGGUCAGAAUGAAACUUUCUUGGGUCUUCGGAAUUUAGACGAAGUUCUCUUAAGCAUCAAAAAAUGUUGGGCGUCACUGUUCACCUACCAGAGUGUUGAGUACCGUCGUCAACACGUUCAACCGGUUGACUCGAAAAUGGCUGUUGUCGUUCAAGUCAUGGUGCCAUCAGAUUGCGCAGGUGUUCUAUUUACACGUCAUCCAGCUAGUGGUGAUCCCAGCAAGAUUAUGAUAACUGCCAACUAUGGAUUAGGAGAAACCGUAGUAAGCGGAGCCGUAGAUCCAGAUACGUUUAUAGUUUAUAGGAAAUACAAAGCGAAUAGUCUUGAGAUACUGGAGAAGAACAUCGGCAGUAAGAAACACUACCUACACAUGUCCACAUCGUCACAGGGAAACACCGUCGAGGAGCAAACAAAAUCUCCAACGGAGCAGAGUCAAUCAUGUCUGAGCGAUCAACAGAUUUUGAAGUUGUCUACGAUUGGCGUGUUACUCGAGAAACUUUAUGGAAAUGCAAGAGAUAUUGAAUGGGCAGUGCACAAGGAUACGAUCUAUCUGCUUCAGUCCCGGCCAAUCACAACUCUCCACGCGUACAGUAACUGGGAACUUUUGCACGAAUUAGACACACCCAUCAUGAGUGCUGAUGAUUACACGUCGUUUGCAAAUGUAGGUGAAGUCUUUCCGGAAAUUUUGACGCCAUUGACUCUGACAACAGUAGCUACUAUCCUGAACAAAUCCACCUCCGAAUUGAUAAUCAAGGAAAAAGACUUCUAUGGCGGACUGUUCAGUUGCGGAUUUGUGUUUUCAGGCUUCCGGGUGACUAUUGAUAUUUUCAAGUGCUUCAUGCCAGUGGUCCGUGAAAGCCUUUCAAUUCAAGAUAAAAUGCAAGCUGUUUCAGUGUGUGGUCAUGAGUUCGUUACGCCAGAAAUUCACCGGGUAGCAAAACAUCGAAACGGAAUUGCUACUGCCACUCAAAAAUUAGAUCAAAUGCUUGAUAUUGUGAAGGGAAUUUGGAAGAAUAAGAAAAUAUUGAAAAUCGUCAAGAAUUUCGGCACUUCAUCCAAAGACCGGUACUCGAAGCAAAAUCUGGCCGACUUCAAAGAGUACACAGCGGAAGCGUUUAACGGAGUGAUUGCAUUCGAAAUCGACGAUGAGGAUCAUUUGGGGCUGAUUUUUGGGACACAUGGAAGUCUAUCCAUGGUAAGCGUUUUCUAUCAGCUGAUUUCGAUGUUGUUCUUGGCAGAAGGGACUGAAGAGUUGACGAAUGAGCAUUACGCCGAUAUUGGCCUAUUGUUGGGAUACAUCCCCGUAGAAUCAGCAGAGGUGCCGCGAUUGCUGAAGGAAAUAGCUAAUGAAAUCUACUUACGUGGAAAGUCUGAGGAAUUUGAGACGGUUGCGCCGAUAGAUGGAAUGCAAUGGUUAGAAACCCAUUGUGUCAGUGCAUUCCAAUUGACCAAGGACUUUCUUCAAAAACAUGGACAUCGAUCAUUGAAGGAGUUUGACUUGGCAUCAAAGACGUGGGAAAUGCAACCCGAGCAAAUCAUUGAAAUGCUCCAAGCGACGUCUCGAAGUUCAAGGGCAAUACUCCUGGAUAAAAAACAAAAGGCUGACCUGACAAAAGAUCAAAUAAUUCGGCAGCUGAAAGUGCCCAAGAAGAAUUUCACCCGAAAGAUUCUCUCCCAUCUGCUUCCACUCUGCAUCUCUUCCGUCCAAAAUCGAGAAACAUCAAAAAGUGUGCUCAUCGCUUACAUCCACGAAAUGCGAAAAGCCUACCAUCAUCUGGCCGGUCUUAUGUUCGCCGAAGGUCUUUUACCGAAUAAGGAAUUAAUAUUUUACAUGACACGGUACGAAUUGUCCGACCUUCUCCGACCAUCAUGCACCCACAAAUACAGUAUCAUCAACAAAGCCAUGCGUCGCAUGAAACUCUUUCCGGUGUGGAAUACUAGCCGAUACGAAGAAGUGAACAGAGGCCUUAUCCGACCCAUCAAUGACACGGAUAACACAAAUUAUGAUGGUUUGACAAAGGUCACAGGCACACCGGUCUGCGAUGGAGUGAUAACGGCACGAGCCUGCGUUUUGAAGGAUUUCAGUGAAGUGCACAAAAUUCGUGCGGGUGAUAUUUUAGUGACUCAUAGCACGGACAUUGGAUGGAGUCCGUAUUUUCCUGUUUUGGGUGGUGUGGUCACUGAACUUGGCGGUCUCAUCUCUCACGGCGCAGUUGUUGCGCGAGAAUAUGGUUUGCCUUGUGUGGUUGGAGCUGCUGGAGCUACCACAAUUCUGAAAUUUGGCGAUAUUGUUACAUUAAAUGCUGGCAAAGGAUUCAUUGCAAAGGUUGAAAAUACCGAAGACGCAGAAGGAGUGAAACAAUGAGAAUGUUUUGUAUGUCUGGACAAUCUCGAAUUUCGCCCCACUUUUGUUGAAUUAAAAACUU